AUGAUCAACAUAAUUGGGGGAGAUAAGUACAUUUCGACCAUCACAAGCGGAAUAAGACAAGCGAACAAGAUGAAAGUUACUCUGCUAGCUGUGGUGGCACUCACUACAGUGGCUUCCCUGGUUGGAGCCGCCGAUCCUGAAUGUGUGUAUCGGCGAAUGAGAAACCUGACGACUCACUGGCCAAAGCCCUCGAGUUGCUCAACGUACUACCGCUGCUCCUCGAAGAACACCGUCCGCACGGUGACAUGUCCUGCCGGCAAGGAGUACAAUCCCAAGAACGGCAGGUGCUCCAACGCGGGUCGUGGCCUCUGCAAACUCAGCCUGGUGGCUCCACUCUUGGAGGCCACCAAUGUGUGUUCCGACGAGGUGAACGGCGCUUAUUUGGCCAACAGCGAUAAAUGCGGCGAGUUCUUCAUCUGUGAUGAGCAGGUGGCCUACGCGCAAAAGUGUGACUCCGGCAGUUACUUCAACGAGACUCUGGCUGCCUGCAUUCCGGAUACGGAUUCCCUGUGCUGGCAAAACCUGUGCAUAAACAAGACGGACGGAGUCUUUGUGGAGAACGAGAAUAACUGCGGCAGCUACUACAUUUGCUCGGAUUCGGAGGCCACUCUGCAAACCUGUCCUUCGGGCAGCUUCUUCAAUACCACGGUUGCUGCCUGCACAGUGGAUGUCGGAAACUCGGAGUGUUGGGUCAACUUCUGCAUCGGAAAGUCCGAUGGAUCGGCUGUGGCCGAUAAAUCCGAUUGCUCCACGUUUUAUGUGUGCAGCAACAACACGGCCACUCGGCAGGAAUGUCCAGAGGGCAGUUACUUCGAGGACAACAACUGGGGCUGUGUUCCCGGCGAUUGCCCCACGGAGCCACCUUGUGAUGGAUCCACCACCACAACCCCUGCACCUUGCGAUGAGGAAGUCACAACCACAGAAGCUCCGGCUUCCUGCGAUUGUGGAGAUGUUAAGAAUGGUGACUUCGUUCCCGAUGAGAGCAAUUGCCGCAAGUAUUCAAUCUGCGUUGAUGGCAAACUGGUUUCUGGAGAUUGCGGCAAGGGCAACUUGUUCAACGCCACUCUGAGUGUUUGCGAGGUGGACGAUAAGAACCAAUGCUGCGUUGCUGAUUGCACGGAUGGAGUCCUGGAAGUGGAUCCCCAGGAUUGCACCAAGUACUUGACGUGCACAGCCGGCGAUUGGGUAUCCACGUCUUGUGCAACUGGAAGUUACUUCAACACGGAUCUGAAAGCCUGUCAAGUUGAUGAGAAGAAUGUGUGCAUUACUCCCUCGUCGACAGUGAAGACCAUUUCCGCCAACCAAUGCAGUGCCAAGGAUCUCCCGACCAGUGGCAAGAACUGCUGGAGCUACACGGUCUGCGUGGAUGGCCAGUGGGAGGAGGGAACCUGCUCCAAGGACUACUACUUCGAUGACGCCGUUGGCAUUUGCCGCGAGGACACCCGCAACGUUUGUCCCGAGAACCGAUCGACUGGAUCCCGCAAGAAGCGGAGUGCGGACACCUGCGAGGGAGGCAUUCAGCAGGGAAGCAUCAUAGCUCAUCCCACGGACUGCGACAAGUACCAGAUCUGCGAGGGUGGACAGCUGGUGGUUGGCCUGUGCGGCGUGGGCAAUCUCUUCCAGAACAGCAGCGGCGUCUGCUAUCCGGACUACAAGGCCACCUGUUGGGUGUGCAUCAACAAGCCGAACGGCUACCAAAUGCCCAACCCCACCGACUGCACCAGCUACCUGACCUGCUGGGACGGAGUGGCCACGGAGCACUCCUGCGGAUCCGACGAGUGGUACGAUGGCAAUAACGAGUGCGCCGUCGAUGUCGCGGCCAAGUGCAUCAAUCCCUGCGGCUGUGGAAACGGCAACGUGGCCCAUCCCAUCUGCACCAAGUACUUCCAGUGCACGGACGGAGUGGCCAAGGUGGUCCAGUGUCCCGCCGGUCAGGGCUUCGACUCGGAGACAGGUUACUGCUCCUCCAACGUUGAGUGCUCUGCUGAGGAUUGCUCCACCGCCUCCGAUGGCACCACCUAUCCCGUGGCAGGAGAUCCCAGCAAGUUCUACUACUGCAACGACCAGGUGGCUACCAUCGCCUCCUGUCCUCCAAACUCCGCAUACGAUGCCAGCCUGGGCUUAUGCCAGUCCGAACCCAGCACCAGCUGCGACCAGAGUGUUUGCAAGACAGCAGCGGAUUACUCAACUUAUCCUUCCCUGAAUGACGACUCCUCGACCUUCUGUGUGUGCCAGGAUGGCGGUGGCUACAUCAACUCCUGUCCCACUGGCUUGUUCUACGACAAAGAUGAAGAAGCCUGCACUUUCACAGGAAACUGCGAUCCUCGAGUGUGCGAUGACGAGUCGGAGUACUCCGUCUCCCAGGAUUACGCAGAUCCGAAUAGCUUCUGCCUGUGCCGCGCCGGCGAUCCUGUUUCAGUUCCCUGCCCCAGAGGCUACACCUUCGACAGCGAAAAACUCUUGUGUGUCCUCAUUCCCCAGCCAGAUCCACGUUGCUGCAAAAAUAGCUGCGUCGGAAAAUCGGACUUUGACACCGUGUCCGCCUUGCACACAGCCGAUGGCUUCUGCCUCUGCGUUGAUGAGGUUCCCAAGUACACCAACUGCCCCGCAAAUUCCCAGUACGAUGCUGACCUGGGUGCCUGUACUCCCGUUGAGGAGGAAACCAUCUGUGCAGCGAACGAAUGCGAAGCCACUUUGUGCGAGAACCAGCCGGACUAUACUACCUAUCCCCUGGGAUGCAAGACAUCCGGUUUCUGCUACUGUUUGAACAACUGUCCCGUUUAUCAUCCCUGUCCCGGUGAUCUGGUCUACGACACCGAUCUAGGCAUUUGCGACACUCCUGUGGAUCCCGACUACAAGCCCAAGUGCAACGACGAUCAGUGCGAUAUACUGGGGGAUAACACCGCAUUUGCUCCCAAUGAUGGUUUAGAUGGCUUCUGCUACUGUGACGACGGUUUGGCCACUUACCAUGAUUGUCCCGCUGGCGAGCAGUUCAACGAGGAAUUCGGCAUUUGCCAAGCACCUGAUGAUGCCUGCGUGACCGCUGAAUGCGAUGUUGCCAAGUGCGCAGCUCUGGGCAAUGGCGGUACCUUCCCAACGAACUCGGCCACCGAGGAUAGCAACUCCUUCUGCUAUUGUGACGACGACCAGGUUCACCUGCUGCAGUGCGGCCCCGAAUUGGUGUACCUACCGACAGAGGGAAUCUGUGGGGUGAAGGAGGCACCUGCAUGCACUUGUGAGGCUGGUAAAUGCACCGCCACCGACGAUUACCUUGCGUAUCCGGCUCUGAAUACGGAAAAUGGCUUCUGUUUGUGCGUGGCCGGAACUCCGGUUUACAAGGAUUGUCCCGAGGGCGAGAGCUUCGACAGCGACGUGGGUGCCUGUCUGUCAGCCUCAAAGAUGUUGAGUGUCUACGGCAUUUGUGAUAGUGCCCUGUGCCACAGCCGAGCUGUCUUGGCCACCACCUAUCCGGCCAAGAACACAACGAAUGGAUACUGCAGUUGCCAGGAAGUGGGUGUCUCCAGCUUCACCAGUUGUGCAGCUGGACAUGUCUACGAGCAGAUAAUGGGAACCUGUGUGGUGGAGGCCUGUGAUUACACCGUGUGCCUGGAGCGAUCCGCGCCGGAAGCCUUCGAGGCGCGGAACACCACCGAUGGAUUCUGCUCCUGCAACGGAGUGCCGAUCUUCCAUCACUGCCCGAGGGGUCAGGCCUACGACAAGGUGGAGAAACUUUGCGCGAUCAAGGACGCCAUCGCGAUGAUCUCCUGCAGCCUGAAGGAGUGCAAGAGGCGAAGCCAGUUCGAACCCUUUGCCGCCGAGAAUACCAAGUCCGGAUUCUGCUCCUGCGAUGACCAGGAUCUCAUCAGUGUCACCUACCAUCCCUGUCCGGCGGGCGAGGUCUUCGAUCCCGAACUCGGCGUGUGCUCGUUCCACAGCAUCCAGAAGCGCUCCUUGGAGGCGGAGGAAAACAUAUGUGACCCGGAUGAGAUGCGUUCUGUGCCGGCAAACUGUUCCCAGUAUGAAGUAUGCAUCGAUGGCCACUGGAGGCGACGCACCUGCUCCGACCAGCGGUACUACAAUCCAGAGCAGCAGCGAUGUUUAGAACCGCGGGAUGACUUGGUUUGUGCCUACGCCAGAGUAUCGAAUCUCCCGAUCUGCAACGAUUCAAGUGAAUCCCAGACUGUGGCCACGAAAAGUGGCAACUGCUGGCAGUACUUCCGCUGCUCCGGUGGCAAGUGGCGCCUACGCAGCUGCCCCAGGCAGCACUACUACUCAUCUGGGAUAGAGUCCUGUAUUCCAGUGCCGAGGGGCCACGAAAAGGACCAGAACCAAACGGUUUGCAAUUGGGCGAGGGCAAAGUCGGCUGUGAUUCAGGAUUGCCAGCACCUGGAGGUGCGUCCUUCGUUGGCAGGCGGAUGUCUCAGUUACCUGAUGUGCCUGGACAACUCCUGGUGGCUGCACCAGUGUCCUCUGGGCAUGUAUUUCAGCACGGAGCACAACUACUGUUUGCCCAACGAUGCAGGACAGUGUUCCCUGCCGGAGGAGCUGAUUAAUUCGAAUUGCUCCGAUGGAGAGAGCAGAUCCCUGGUGGGCAGUUGCCACAGUUAUGAGUUCUGUUCGGAGGGACAGUGGAUUAGGAGGCGUUGCCAGGAGAAGGAGCAAUUCAAACCCCUGAUGGGUUGUGUGCCCAGCGAUAGGAGCUGCCAGGAUAAUGGAAUGAGGCGCGUUUGCAGAGAGGGUGAAUUCAGAGCCCAGUUCAACAAUUGCUCCCAAACAUUCCUCUACUGCGAAUCGGAGGAAUGGCACUUGGGCAGUUGCCUGAGGGGACAUGGUUUCGAUUCGGAUCUCAACAAGUGCCAGUUGCAAUCGAAAUGCCAGCCGAAGGUGAAGGAUUUCGGUACGGAAAACCAAUGCCUGGGUCAGUUGGAUGGCCUGAGUGUUCCCGAUCCCUCGGAUUGCACUCGAUUCUACUUGUGCAUCCAACAAAUGCCGGCCCUUCUGCAAAGCUGUCAAUCUGGCAGCUUUUUCGACUCCAAAGAGGGUUACUGCCGACCAAAUGAUGGCUCCUGUCAGCUGGCCAUUUGUUCGGGGUUGGAAGAUGGCAAACUGGUGGCUCAUCCGGAGGAUUGUCGCUCCUACUACAGUUGCUCCACUCAGAAUGGAACAACUUUGGUGCAAUGCGAGGAGGGUCAGUACUUCCACAGCCUCCUCUCGAUGUGCCGCGUGGAUCAUGGUCAGUGCAGAAAGGUUUCCGAUCAGGAGGACACGGGAAAUUCCACCAGCUUGUGCUCUGGUCUCCAUGGAGUAAAGGUUCCCCACGAGACCUACUGCAAUUUGUACUACGCCUGCGUGAAAGGCUUAGCAAUUCCCAUUGAGUGUCCCGUACAACACCAAUUCAAUCCGGUUCUAUCGACUUGUGAACCGGAGUCACAGGCCGUGGAAAAGUGCCUCAAUGGCCAGCUUGAGGGAAACUCCAGUUACGUUUACAGCUGUGGAAAUCUGCAGGAUGGCAGCUUUUUGGCCAAUCGAACUGACUGCACUCGGUACUUUAUUUGCGCAGGAGGAGUAGCCACUGCCCAGAAAUGUGCAGCUGGCACCUUCUUCGACCCGGAAAAGCUGCUCUGUGUUGUGGAUGACGGAUCCUGUCCGCUGGUGGAAACCACUCCCGACGACGAUGACAAUCCCAAUAACCAGCAUGUCCCGCCAGAUCCCCUCGUUUGCGAGGGAAAACAUGGUUAUAUUAUGCCCGAUCCAGCCAACUGCAAUAACUUUUACAUCUGCGUUUCGGGAAAACUCCGCCAUGAACUUUGCUACACGGAUUAUUUCUUCAAUUCCACUUUGCAACAAUGUCAGGCUUAUGAAGUUAACUCUGAUAGUGGUUAUCCAACCGAGAAACCCGUGGAAACCCAACAAAUGGAGAUCGGUGGCCAGGAAAAGGCUGCCACUUCAGGAAUCUGCAGAGAUGCUGCCACCAGUUUCGCUGACAUUUGUGGAAUUAUUGGAAACGGAGCCUCCGUGGCGGAACAAGGAGAUUGUCGAAGGUACACCAGUUGUGAUAAUGAUGAACCCACAUCCCAGCGAUGUCGCAAUGGCGAAAGUUUCGACAGUCUCCUGGGAAUCUGCCGGCAAAGCGAUGGAACCUGCUUAAUGGAGAAUGGCGAAAGACUUGGUGUCUGCAAUGGAAAACAUGGACAACUGAUCCGGGAUGCGGAUAACUGCCGAGGAUACUUCACCUGUGUCCAUGGGCAACAGAUCGGUGGGGAAUGCGAGCAGGGAGAGUUCUUCAAUAGGUUGACCAACUCCUGUGAACUGGAUGUCCUGCAGCAAUGCAAAAGUGACACAGAAGACGUAAUCAGGGGAGAUAACCUACGUUAAACGGAGGAUAAUGCUUACUCUGUGAACUCUUGAUCUGAUUUAGUUAAGUCAAAAAUUUGGUGGUGGUUGAAAACAUAUUCUAC